AGAGAGGGCAAAGCCGCCGCAUGACGACCAUCUGGCUGUGUGCGUAGCUGGUGUCGCUUGCAUGGGAUCUCUACGUGCAUCAGGUGUGCCGUCACACACACACACAGCACCCUCCCUCACUGUUCUUGUCUGUCUGUCUGUCUGUGGUGGCUGGUCAGUCAGGCGAUCGAUCUCUGUAUACUCGCCAUGGUCGAGAAGACACGAUUUGUCGCCCGACCACCAUACGUCAAGCAAAGACAAUGGUAGGCGGCCUUAAGAAGGCUUUCAUCCAUCCCGUGCGUGUGGUGCGUUGUGCGUGCCUGUCUGCUGCAGGUAAUAAAUCCACCCGUGCCCCUCCUCUCCUACCAUUACAUAAGAAUCAGGCGACUUCGGUCGUAACUUCCUGGAGAGAGGAACACCAUGAAGGUAGACGGCCAAAUAAACAGGCAUCGUGGCCUAAUGGCAAACAGAGAGGCAUCGUGGCUUCCACAUAACGACCAUCUGGCUGUAUGCGUCGCUGGUGUCGCUUGCAUGAGAUCUCUACGUGCCGCAUCAGGUGUGCCGUCACCAACGACGGUGAGAAAGCCGUGGCCGGCAGUGGUCAGGGUCGCCAGCGCGAAUCGACAUCAGGUAAGGUACCACGUGUAUACACACGCCACACACACAUACACACACACAUCUCCCACACAAUGACGCCUCUCUCUUGUGUGUCUGCAAAGUUCGGCGACUCCAUCGACACAAACGACAAUAACACGACAAGAAAACCGUCCAAUGAUGGACUGCGACAAGGAAACCGUCCAACGAUGGGCUGCUGUAGUCACGUCUCUGGGCAAGCUCCUGAAGAGCUGGGCCAAUCGGCUCUCAUGCCAAUAGGCUCGUCAUGAAGAGGGCACGCUCUCCUUUGCGUUGAGGCAAGCUGAUCUGCACUUGUAUGUUGAUCUGCGCUGUUUGUCUGAUCCCCUCGUGAUCCGCCCUUCAUCCCACUUCAUGAUUUGUGCUGUGCGUCUUGUCCUUACCUGUGUACCUGUUCGUGUUCCUACCAUGAGACAUCCACACACAUACACACACACACAGCUACAAAAGGGAGAAGGACAUGCAUGCAAUUGUCUAUGUUCUUUUAUUCAUCGCAUGGAUGGUGUGAUCGACGUGUUUUCUGGACACAUCCGCAUUCUCCGUCAAGGGCGCAAUCGCCCCAAUCACUG